UUGUCCUUCAUUUCCUAUAACCUAGAAGACGUCAUAUCCUUUACUGUUCCCUACUAGGUACACCAAUUUGUAAAUUUCAUUCGCUUCUUCAAUCUCUCUAGAGCGUUCAUUACAUAACAUCUGGUGUUCUACUCGACUCGAAGUACAAGAAACAACUCGAGAACACAAAAUAAAACCUGCAAUUUCCGGGAAUUUAUACAAAUUGAAAUCGCUGGGCGGUCGAUACCUUCAUUUUCACCAAUCGAAACGAAUAUGCAUAUGAAAUCUGUUCGUGCUGCUGCACUGGCGGCAACAGCGGCGGUUACACUGCCGAAAGACAUCAACAUCAAUGAAACCUCAUCUAUACGGAGCGUUUCUAGCACUCUUGCCUUUGAACUGAUGGCAUGGUACUCUGGAAAUGUAACUAACACCCCAAAGACUAUUGCUGUCUUUCCUGAACCAUACUAUUGGUGGGAAGCUGGGGCUAUUUGGGGUGCUAUGUUGGAUUACUCGCAUUACACGGGUGAUCCAAGCUACGACGACGUUAUCUCGCAGGCAUUGCUGUCGCAAGUUGGCCCUAAGUUUGAUUUUAUGGUACCGGAACAUUACGGAUCGGAAGGAAACGAUGAUCAAGCAUUCUGGUCUUUUGCCAUUCUAAAUGCUGCCGAGCGGAACUUUCCACAACCCGACGACACCAUACCCCCUUGGCUUGACAUCGCAACGAACAUCUGGAACUCUAUGGUUGUAAGGUGGAACACAACGGCUUGCGGUGGUGGGUUGCCUUGGCAGAUCUUUGAGUCCAACCCCAACGGUAUGAACUACAAGAACAGUGUCUCCAACGGUGGCUUCUUUCAGAUGUCAGCAAGACUAGCUCGGGCCACGGGAAACAACACGUACUUAGAGUGGGCGCAGAAAGUGUGGGACUGGUCCGAGACCGUGGGUUUUGUGGACAACGACUUCAACGUGUACGACGGGGCUGACAGUAAGGACAAUUGCGCCGCUAUCAACAAACUGUCGUUCUCGUACGCGCAGGGAAUCUACUUGUAUGGCGCAGCCGUCCUAUACAACUAUACGGGAGGCAACCAGACGUGGGGUGACCGCACGACAGGCUUACUGAAGGCGGCCGACUCGUACUUCAAUCCAUUCCCCAACGCGACAGACAUCAUGUUCGAGCAUGCCUGCGAACCGUACGAAUUGUGUAACAACGACAUGAAGUCCUUCAAAGGCUACCUGUCCCGCUUCAUGUGGGCGACUACCCGCAUGAUGCCUUCGACCCUACCCCGUGUCCAGACCCUACUAAACGCUUCCGCCAUCGCGGCCGCGAAGGCGUGCUCCGGUGGCCAAAACGGUACCGUGUGUGGCCAGAAGUGGUACGUAGGCGGUUUCGACGGCGUCACGGGGUUAGGGCAACAGUUGACUGCGCUGGAGACCGUACAGGGUUUACUCGCACAGGACGUGGUGGCGCCCUUCAAGGCUGGCCAGAUCAAGCAUAUUAAGGGCGUGGUGAACCCGUCAUCAACAUCGUCAUCAUCGUCGUUGCCUGCGGCGACGACAGUGUCUAUGACAUCGACUGUCUUGGCCCCGGUUUCGACGGCCCCGACAACUACCCCUUUGCUUACAGCUGUGCCUACUUCGUCGAUUAAGGUGGCUGCUGCGGACGGCUUGUUUGUUGAUUGGAGAUUGGCGACACUGCUACUUUUAGGGUCUGGUUUGGUUCUGGGACUUGCAUGAUAGGAUGAUUUGAUUUUGCAUGAGGGUGGGGUAAUUGACAUAGCAAUUGGCGUUUGGGUUGCCCUUCUGGCUACCGGAAUGGAAGGGCAGGUCGUUAGUUAGGUUACUUAACUUGACUUCAUAGGAUACCAUAUUUAGAAUUACGAUUAGAUAUACCAAUAUAUUAUUAAAAUAUCUCUUCUAUG